CGCUCACAACCCGCCGCGAGAGCAACAACUAUGAUCCUUCCCGCUCGUACCUUGUCCCCGUCGCACGGGGCCUUCCACCCGCCGUCACACGCGCACCCUGACGAGGAGCCAGUUUCCCGAACUUAUCAGUACAGGAAGGUUAUGAAACCUAUGCUUGAACGUAAGCGACGCGCUCGUAUUAAUCGUUGUCUUGACGAACUUAAAGACCUUAUGGUCACCGCGCUCCAAGCUGAGGGUGAAAACGUAUCGAAACUGGAGAAAGCCGAUAUAUUAGAGCUUACAGUUCGUCACCUCCACAGUCUGAAACGAAGAGGACAGUUAGUGCUUAAACCAGAAACGAGUUAUGCGGAGCGAUUCCGCGCCGGAUUUGCCCAGUGUGCAACAGAAGUGUCACAGUUUAUAGCCAAUGCAACGGCAGCAGCUAACGCGAUGCAUCGGCAAGGUCCUGUAGAUCCUCAAGCAGGAGUACAACUGUUACAGCAUUUGAGCAAUUAUAUACGAAGGUUAGAAGUUCCUCCGGUCGUGCAACCUCAGCCGCUCGCGCCUGGUGCUGUACCGAGACCUACUCCAAUGCAAGCAGUAGCAACUGUGCCAGCGCCCACGCAGGUAUCACAGGCCCUCCAAAGGACAUCGAUUGUUGAGAGAGCAGUUAAGAGGCAAGCUGAAGAACCGAUCGAUGUGGAGACGAUCGGGACCAAGAGAGCAUACGCACCGCCCUCACCGCCGCACAGCCCCGCCUCCGAGCCAGACCCCGCCCAGUCGAUGUGGCGGCCGUGGUGACCCACUGCCGCUUCAUGAUCUCAUCUCCGUUCCCAGGACUGGGACGCCAGUGUGAUAGUUACGAAUGUUUUGUUGUUUGAUACCGUUUACGUUCCUAGAACCAAUGUGUUAAAAGACUAUGCAUGAACUCGCUUUGCUGGUUGAAGUUUGUUUUUAAUUUAAUAAAAUAAGUUUUUUGUUUUUACGAGUUAACUGUUAUUUUUGUAUUCCUAACUUCAACGUCUUCCGCGUCGUUUAAGCCUUUGCUUGUUAAAAUGAUAAUUACUACCGUAGUGUAGCGUAGCACCUAAGUUUAUACUGUGAUACAUACAUAGCGCUAGACUAUAAAUUUUACCGGAGUUUAAUGCUUACCGGAGUUAUAUGAUUUGAAAUUAUACGUCUCUAUAAGUGAAUAAAAGAAUAUUAAUAAAAAGUUGGAUUUUAUA